CAGUCAAACUGUUGCGUGUAUUGAGUAUUACUAUUAUUACUAUAUAUAUACACAGCAAGCGCAGCUAUAUUUCCCCUCGUACUCUCCUCUGAGCUUACACCACCUAAUUCGGCCGAUCUUUCCGCUUUUCCAUAUAUUCAUCUACAUUUUUAUUACGAGCUAAAGUGAUGGUGGGGAGCGGCGUUGAGGUUAACGCGACGAUGUCGUCAAACGGAUCUUUGGCUAUUGGAAAGUCUAUGGAGCGGUUGAGGGUGGCAAAUGGGGAAUCUUUUGACCCGAUGGCCGUGGUGACGGAGCCGGUGCCGCCGGUCGCGGACUCGAAUGGACAUGAUGCGGAGAAGGGGAGAGAGAUAGUUCUAGGCAAGAACGUGCACACCACCUGCCUGGAGGUGACGGAGCCUGACGCCGACGACGAGUCUACUGGGGAUAAGGAGGCGUACAUGGCCAGUGUUUUAGCGAGAUACCGGAAAACCCUUGUGGAACGGACCAAGUACCAUUUAGGGUAUCCGUACAAUCUCGAUUUUGAUUAUGGUGCACUUGCUCAGUUGCAGCAUUUCUCUAUCAACAACCUCGGUGAUCCAUUCAUUGAAAGCAACUAUGGCGUGCACUCAAGACAAUUUGAAGUCGGUGUUCUGGACUGGUUUGCCCGCCUGUGGGAGAUUGAGAAGAAUGAUUACUGGGGAUACAUCACAAACUGUGGAACUGAGGGUAAUCUUCAUGGGAUUCUUGUCGGGAGAGAAGUGUUUCCUGAUGGAAUUUUAUAUGCAUCAAAGGAGUCCCAUUAUUCCGUGUUCAAAGCAGCAAGAAUGUACAGAAUGGAGUGUGUAAAAGUUGCAACUCUGGUCACUGGAGAGAUUGACUGCACAGAUUUUAAAAGAAAGCUGCUUCCUAACAAAGAUAAACCGGCAAUCAUCAAUGUCAACAUAGGAACAACUGUUAAAGGAGCUGUUGAUGAUCUUGACCUUGUUAUACAGACCCUUGAAGAAUGUGGAUAUUCACAUGAUAGAUUCUAUAUCCACUGUGAUGGUGCACUCUUUGGGCUCAUGAUGCCAUUCGUUAAAAAGGCACCAAAAGUUUCAUUCAAGAAGCCUAUUGGAAGUGUCAGUGUCUCCGGCCACAAGUUUGUGGGAUGCCCAAUGCCUUGUGGUGUUCAAUUAACAAGGCUACAGCACAUAAAUGCUCUUUCCAGUAAUGUAGAAUAUCUUGCCUCCAGAGAUGCAACAAUCAUGGGAAGCCGGAAUGGCCACGCCCCAAUCUUCCUAUGGUACACUUUGAACAGAAAAGGGUACAAGGGAUUCCAAAAAGAAGUCCAAAAGUGCCUGAGAAAUGCUCACUACUUGAAAGACCGACUUAGGGAAGCAGGGAUCAGCGCCAUGCUCAAUGAAUUGAGCAGUACGGUGGUAUUUGAGCGACCUCGAGAUGAAGAGUUUGUGCGCCGUUGGCAACUAGCUUGCGAGGGAAAUAUGGCACAUGUUGUUGUAAUGCCAAGUGUCACCGUUGAGAAGCUGGAUUUCUUCCUGAAUGAAAUAAUUCAAGGGCGAUCAAUCUGGUAUAAAGAUGGGAAUGUUCACCCCCCUUGUCUUGCAGCAGAUAUUGGAAGUAACAACUGUUCUUGUGCUCUUCACAAGUAAUGCAUUUGUUGAUUUGAAGACUUUUUCUGCUUCUGUUGUUUUCUAGCGAAACUCUUCUCCUUAGAAGAUGUUUUUGAUCGGGUUUAUUUCAAUAAUCAAAAUAUGUUUCUUUCUUUAACUCCGUGAUAGAAAGGUUGCCUUAAAUCAAGACUAGGUGCUAAUAGACAGGCUUGAUUCUUUUUAUUUAGAGUAAUGGAGACAUUCUUAACAG